GCAAUUGAGCUCAGAAGAGAGCGGUGCCGGGCGGAGGUUGUCGCUGCUGCUGCUGCUGCUGCUGCUGUUCCGGGGCUUCCGCCUUACUGCGGCGCUGGAUUUCAUUGACGCCGACCCCGCCGGCAGCUUCCGAGAGGGGUGGAUUUUAUCCGGCAGGAGCCAGCCUUGACUUGGGAAAAAGACGGCACUGCGGCUUGCCUGCAGGGAGCGAGAGCCCAAGCUUCUGGUCGCCCUUUCCGUGCAAAACCUUGGCUUCUUCCGAAAGACAGCUUUUUUUUUUUUCUCUCGUCGCAUUCCGGGAUCUUUUUCUUUUUUAAUUUUGGGGGUUGCUCGAUUCUGCAAGUCCGUCUCUUUAUCUUUGGAGGAGAGAAAACAAAAAAUUUGAUCCGCGUUCGACGCCUGGUGGGAGGGGAAGCCAAGGAGAGGGGGGGGGGAGCCGCCGCUUCCCGAAGCUCCCUCCUCCUUGCCGGGCUCGGGCUGGAUCCCGCGCCUCUGGUUUUGGCGACGCUGCCGCCCGUCGGCAGGUGAUCUUGACAUCGAUCGGCCGCGAAUCGACUGAUUCCAGAGGGAUUCCGAGCUCGAGCGUCGGACCUUUUUUUUUUUUUUGGAGGGGGGGGCUUUGGAUCAGCCGUCGCCGCUUGGAGGAUGUUACUUUCCAAGUUCGGCUCGCUAGCUCACCUUUGCAACCCGACCAGUAUGGAUCACCUGCCGGUGAAGAUCCUCCAGCCAGUGAAAGCCGAGAAGGAACCGUUCGAUAAAAUCUAUCAAGUGGGCUCCGUGCUCGGCAGCGGGGGAUUCGGCACCGUCUAUGCCGGGAACAGGAUCGCGGAUGGCUUGCCGGUGGCAGUGAAGCAUGUGGUCAAGGAGAGAGUGACAGAGUGGGGCACGAUUGGUGGAGUCAUGGUGCCCUUGGAGAUAGUCCUGUUGAAGAAAGUGGGGUCCGGCUUCCGAGGGGUCAUCAAGCUGCUGGACUGGUACGAGAGGCCGGACGGCUACCUCAUCAUCAUGGAGCGGCCGGACCUGGUGAAAGAUCUCUUUGACUUCAUCACUGAGAAGGGUGCCCUGGAUGAGGAGACGGCCCGGGGUUUUUUCCGCCAAGUCUUAGAGGCGGUGCGCCAUUGCUACAACUGCAGCGUGGUACAUAGGGACAUCAAAGACGAAAACCUCCUGGUGGAUCUCCGGACAGGCGAGCUGAAGCUGAUCGAUUUUGGGUCCGGGGCGAUCCUUAAGGACACUGUUUACACUGAUUUUGAUGGGACGCGUGUGUACAGUCCUCCGGAAUGGAUUCGCUAUCACAGAUACCAUGGCAGAUCAGCAACUGUGUGGUCUUUGGGCGUCCUCUUGUAUGACAUGGUCUGUGGAGACAUCCCUUUUGAACAGGAUGAGGAGAUCUUGAGGGGACGGUUAUACUUCCGAAGACGAAUUUCACCCGAAUGCCAACAACUGAUCAAAUGGUGCCUUUCCCUGAGGCCUUCGGACAGACCGACACUUGAGCAGAUUUUUGACCACCCGUGGAUGCACAAAUCAGAAAUGGUGAAGUCAGAAGACUGUGACAUAAGGCUACGGACCAUUGACACAGAUGUGUCUAGCACAAGUUCAAGCAAUGAGAGCCUGUGAAAUAUCAAGGACCAUGCAACCGGAGGGGAGAUACAAGCAGAAAAAAAAGUUACAAGACCACAGUGCUGCUGCUGCCAAUAUGCAGGAGGGGCUAGGAAAAAAACCGCAUUCAUUAUUCUGUAGUUUGAAUCUUUAUCUGAGGGACUUGAUUUUCUAAAAAAAAAAAAAAAUCAUUUCUCCAUUUUUGACUGGUUUCUGCUUUGGAAUGAGAGAUUUCCUUUUGGAAAUGCUGCCGUUUAGGAGUUUGCAGGCCAGUACUUAAUCAAAGACUGACCUCUUUUUUUUCCUUCCUUCCUUGUUUUCUUUUUUAGAUUAAGACAAAGCAGUGACCUCUUUAACAUGGUAACCCUUUUUGCUCUCAUAGAGCCUGGACUACAUUUUUAUUUGCUUUUUUGAGUGCCUUUUUGAAAGCUGCUUCAGUGGGACUUUCUUUUUUGAGCUGUGUAUGUCCAAAGAAAAUCCAGGACAUUAUAGGGUUUGUUUGGGUUUUGGUUUUUUUUUUUAAAAAAAAUUGUGCUCCCUCUCUGCACUAAAAGGUGCCUGGGUGGGAUAGCCAGUUCCUAUGAUGUCCUGGAGAACAUGUUCAGUGAUUGAAUGAAGUAGUCCCAUCCACUGGUGAUGGAAUACUUGAACACAGACAUUUCAAUUCAGCCCCCGAUUUCUCCCCAGCCCUCCUUCCCCACCCUCCAAGACCACCUCUGCUGCUCCACACAUUAUAUUUCCAAUAGGCUGCACAUGUCUUUCAGCUGUUUAUCAGGAACACUUAACUCAUGUUUCCUUUCAUCAUCUCUACCAUUGGGCACAAAAAGCCCUUUUCUCAAAUUCCUCCCAACCUGCAAGUCUUAAAAGUAUGUAUGGGCACAAUCAAUGCAAUAUUCAAGGACUUUGUGUGUAUGUGUUUUCCAUACCUGUAUUAUGUGUUUAUGUAAAUUUUGUUUUUCCUCCUCCCAUCUCCCAUGUAUCAUAUGGUUUUAUUUAUUGUCUGAAGUUUAGUUCUCUCACAGUCUCAUCUGUGGCUAUUUAUUUUGGCUAAUUUAUUUGGUUAGAAUUAUUCAAACAUUGCUUCCCUCACCCCUUUUAAGCCUCUUAUUGGGAAUUAUUACAGUUGGUCCAAUUUUUUUCCCCCUUUGUAUUCCUGUCUUUCUGUUGGUUGAAAAAGAAAAAAAGUCUGACCAUACCUGUUUCUUUUUUUUCCAUUUUUGGUUGGAAGAUGGAAAAUUGUUGUACAAAGUCUAAUUUAAAGGAACUAGAAUGACUUUAAAAGUUAGUUCAGUAUGCCUUUUUUGUCUGGUAUUAUUUACAUACCAGAACUGUAAAGUAAUGCUGUUUGGAAGGUUUUUAAAUUAUUGACACUGUACAGUCUUUGUGCAUUUGGCUCUGGAAGGAAGAGGGGGACAGAAUCAUAAACCUUAAUUUAUUUUAAUAGCUGUGUGUUCUGUGAUCUGGCUGCAUUUAUGCAGCUUGGAUUUUGGAUUUUUUUUUCCCUUCUGUUUAACAGUGUGAAAUGUAUGGAGAUCAUAUUUUUUUAUACAGGUAUUUCAAUUAAACUUUUUGUAGAUAA